CCGUUCGCAGCUUGGUCGAAGUCGGUCUGAGCGCCCGUGAGAGGCGCGACUCUCCCCGCGACCGGUUCGUCGCUCCAAUUUGUUGAAGAGCAGUUCAUCAGACUUUGAAGAAACAGAUCUAAUUAGUUUGCCAGAAAUGGUGUUUUUUACAUGUAAUGCAUGUGGAGAAUCUCUGAAGAAGGGACAGGUGGAAAAGCAUGUGAAUAUGUGCCGAAACUGUCAAUGUCUGUCUUGUAUGGAUUGCGGCAAAGAUUUCUGGGGUGAUGAUUAUAAACACCAUGUGAAGUGCCUAAGUGAAGAUCAGAAGUAUGGUGGCAAGAAUUACGAACCCAAAAUGCACAAAGGAGAUGUCAAACAGCAGGAGUGGAUUCAGAAGAUUCAUGAAAUAAUAAAGGAAACUAACAUUAACUUCAAAGUUCGAGAAAUUUUACAACAGAUGUAUGCCUAUGACAAUAUUCCAAGAAAGAAGCGCAAAUUUCAGAACUGGAUGACCAACAGUUUGAAAAUACGUAAUACAACUUUACAGGAUCAAGUAUGGGAUAUUUUUUCAGAAGCCACAAGAAAGGAAACACUUGAAACACAAUCUGUAAAAAAUGAAAUUAUGCCUGCAGUAUCCGAAGACAAUAUCAUGAAGACAGAGAAACCAAGAGAGGAAGAAAGCGAAAAGGAAUUAAAAGAGAAGAAAAGUAUCAGAAAUUCAAAAGAAAUAAAGUUAAAAGCUCAGCAAGAAAGCAUAGAAUGUAUAAAAAGUGAAAAAUCUAGAAGAGAUAUUCUUGAGGAGAGCAAGCCACAAGAAGCAGUUGGUUCAGCUAAACUAAAAAGGAAUGGAACAGGAAAAGCAGGGGCAAAGGCACGCAUGAAGAAGUGCAAGAACCAUCUCACAAAAGAUGCAGAUGAAUCUCCCAUUCCCCACAAAAUAAUGAACUACUCAGGAACUGAAGAAAACAAAGAUGAACAUCAAGGUAAAUUCAACUGGAAAAGAACAAUAAGAGCUGUUCUGAAGCAAGCGCCUGACAAUGAACUAUCCAUUAAGAAAUUAAGGAAAAAGGUUAUAGCUCAGUAUUAUGCAGUCACAGGUGACCAUCGUAAAUCUGAAGAGGAAACCCUGGCCAUGUUUAAUAAGAAAGUCAGCAGCAAUCCUAAAUUUAGAGUUUUAAAAGAAAAGGUUAAACUUCUAAAAUAGUUUUUAGGGGUCAAAUGAUCUGAUUUUGUACAUUGUCAGUUUUAUUAACAGAUAGAAAAUUGUUUUUGUUGUAUGGAAACAAAUAUAGCUGUACUUGAUUGCAAAUUUAUUUUCUUUUGUAUAACAUAUGAAAAUUAAAGUUAGAAAAAAAAACAUACAGAUACGUUUUGUAAAAGACAAAAACUCCAUUGAAGUAUUUCUAGUGUUAUUAAUAGAGAGCUACAUUUUCUGUUUGAUUUGCUCUGCAUCCUCAGUGAAUGUAUGCUUUCUAAAUUUUCAAGGACAUAAUAAAAUAUUCUGAAUCAAUAAAUAUAUAAGUGCCAUUGAAAGCAGUAAGCUUGGAGUUGGCAGUUGUUCAUUUGACAGAGACAAUCCAUGUGGCUUUUGCCCUUUGGAUGUGACCUUUCAUUUCAUGCUACUCUAAGAAGGAGAAGCAGGUUGAAGAAAUAUGAGCCAAAUAACUGGUAAGUAUUUCUUCUAACUGAAAGUGACUAAUGUUAAAUGCCGUAUCAUGGCUUGGCUCUUUCUGAGGGGAAUAUGACCUUCUGAUAACAUUCCAAUACUGAAUUUACCUGAAAGGAAAGUGUUUUUGGUUUUUCACUUGAAGAAUUUACUUUUAAACAACAGAGUUGUCUUAGAUUCACUGAGAAGGCCCAGGAGUUUGUCUUAUCUUCCUGGGGAUGGGUGGGAUCAUCUUCCUUUGGGAUAAAUACAGAGUAUGUAAUUUUAAAAACUGCAAGGGUAGGUAAUGAAAAUCUGUACCAAUAAAUAAUAAGAGCAAAGUUUACUUUAACUUCUGCUUGGGGAGAAGCUGAUGAGAAUUCUGUCCCCCUGCCUUCUUCAGCUGUGCAGAAUACUGGCUCAGGGUGGGGUAGAAAAUAGAUUUCUCUGCUUCUCAAAUCACCUCCUGUCUGGAUGGUUGGCAGAACUUUGGGAGGCAGGGGAAGAGCAUUCCUGGAGCCAAGCAGAUGUCUUGAGCAACCCAAGGAAAGAUCUAAGCAUCUUUCUCAAUACCUGCUGCUUCUGUAGCUUUUGUGGGUCCAGGGUUGUCCUUUGUGAGUAAGCUAAGGGCAUUUCAUCUAGGUUUUAGACAGUAAAAAAAACUUCUGCACCCAGGCCCUCUGCUUAUUCUUAGGGGCACCCUAACUAUUUUCCGCUGAAAGACCAAGCUGGUAGACCGCUUGUAAAAAUGGUACUUUUGUACAUAUCACAGUUCACUGGGUGCUAAAAGCAUUGCAUUAGCUUUGGGGACAGCAAGCUUCAUCUGACAUGUCACAGUACUCUUAAAAUGUAUGGCUUAUGAGGGGUAAUGGGAGAAUAAAUUUGUAAAUUAUAAAACUCUCAGAAGCAAAAAUUGUUUAGCGGUUACCUUCUUUUGUGUGUGUAUGCCUUCGAGUCAAUUUUUGACUCCUGGCGACUACCUGGACCAGUCCCUGCAGUUUUC